CAAUCAGUUGCUUGAUUGCUGAUACCUUCCACACCUGGCCAGCAACCAUAGCCAACAAGUAUAACCUUGUCCACAUUUCCUUCUGGACUGAAACAGCUUUUGUCUUGUGCAUCUACUAUCACAUGGACCUCCUCAGAAAAAAUGGUCAUUUUGGUUCUCAUGGCUAUUGAACCAAAGGACUUGGUAUCACACCUCCAAGCUACUAAUACAUCAACAGCAGCUCACAGAAUCCUAUACAAGGCCUUCCAACAAGUUACAAAUGCAAAUUUUAUUUUGUGUAACACAGUGCAAGAACUCGAAUCCCAGUCCCUUCUAGCCUUGCAAGAGAAGCAACCCACAUAUGCAAUUGGCCCUGUCUUCCCCAAUAAAGCUACCAAGAGUGUGGUGGUGGCAACCAACCUCAUCUCCGAGUUUGACUGUACAGAAUGGCUCAAUGCCAAGCCUCCUGGUUCAGUUCUGUAUAUUUCAUUUGGAAGCUACGCUCAAGUUACUAAGAAUGUGGUAGAAGAAAUAGCUCAUGGGCUUUUGCUUAGUAGAGUGAGUUUCAUUUGGGUGCUACGCCCUGAUACUAUAAGUCAUGGUGAACUUGAAACCUCGAUCCUACCCAUUGGAUUUGAAGAUGAGAUUAAAGAUAGAGGGCUGAUUGUGCCAUGGUGCUCUCAGAUUGAGGUGCUUUCAAAUCCAGCAAUAGGAGGGUUCUUGACUCAUUGUGGAUGGAAUUCCAUACUGGAAAGUAUGUGGUGUGGUGUUCCAAUGUUGUGUUUUCCUAUGUUGACUGACCAAACCACCAAUAGGAAACUUGUAGUUGAUGAUUGGGGGAUUGGACUCAAUCUUUGUGAUAGGAUUAAACCGAUUACAAGGAUGGAGGUAGCAGAGAAGAUCAACCGUCUGAUGAGUGGAAGGUUGGGUGAUGGAUUGCAGAAGGAGAUCAAGAAGAUGAGGCAAAAAUUGGAGGAUGGGUUGGCUGUAAAUGGGUCAUCACAGAAGAACUUAUGUCAAUUCAUUAGUGAUGUAAAGGCCAAAAUUCAAACAUGAACUGAUUUUUCACAUUGCCACUGCCACGAAGUAGUUCUGCUUCAUCAUCUCAUUAAAGAUUUUUUUUUGGUCACACAUCUCAUUAAAGAUUGGUUCUUA